CACUUGACCCGACCGGCGACUUGGGUCGGUCCGUCAACCGCGGAUAAGAUUUUCCCUCUCCCAUUUGGCCAUCUCUCUGCUCCCCCCGAACCACACACACCCAUAAAGCACCUCUGCGCUGCCAUGGCGGAGAAUCGCAACCUCGCGCCGACCUGGGCCACCACGGCCGGCCUCGGCUUCCUCACGCUCAACUCCGGCCUUGCCAUCUACCGCGCCAAAGGUGACCCCGCCUCGAUCUUGUUUGUCUUAGGCUCGUACCUCACCCUGCUCCUGCUCUUCGGCUACCUCCGCGCCUUCGAGCGCGCGCCCCCCGGUUCCCCGGCCAGGGAGCGGGCGAGGCGCGCCGUGUGGCCGCUCACCACGCUGCUCACGCUCGGGUUCGCGUGGAAGGUCGCCGCGGUGAUGCCUUCGCCGGCCGCGGCCGCCGUCGUCUGGGGUCUCGCCGUCGCCACCGCCGCCGGUGGCUUCUUCGCCCUCUUCGUCGCCGGCUGAAGACCGGCACGGAUGGAUGGAUCAGGAUCCGCCGCCACCAGGUUCCGUGCUUUGCUCUGCUCGUGCACGGGCACGGCUGACCCUGAAGGUGGAUAAGAUUAUUCAGCCUUCAGAGGAGGUGGCCUAUCUGCUCUGCUCUGCUCUGUACAGUGAGCCUGGGAUGUUUUAGUGAAGCUGUCGUGUACAGAGGUGCUGUGUAUAUGGCUGUAUAUAAGUAGUAUGGUAUUCCCCUUUGUCGUGUUUUGCAGCUGUGUACAUAGUGUGCCCUGCUUGUAAAUUUUUGUGACAUCAGCGGUACAAUAAAAUAAAACGAACUUAAUUGCUGCCGAUAA